AUGCUGGAUAGUGUUACUGGUGUUGGACCUGGUUAUAAGGGUCCUUCUUAUGAUAAAUUAAGGGUUCACUUGUUGGAUGAUCUUAAAAGAGAAUGUCAAAUGCUAGUUGAUAGUUAUAGGAGUGCAUGGAGAGAAAUUGGAUGUACCCUCAUGGCUGAUGGUUGGACAGAUCAAAGACAAAGAACAUUGAUUAACUUCUUGGUAUACUUCAAGUAUGGUAAAAGAAAUGCUUCAAUGUUGUGUCACUUGUUUUUUGAGGUGAUUGAAUGGAUUGGCCUUAAUAAUAUUGUGCAUGUUGUGACUGAUAAUGCAACCAAUUAUAUUGUUGCUGGUAGGCUUAUCAGUCAGAAAUAUGAGAAUAUCUAUUGGUCACCAUGUGCUACUCAUUGCCUUAAUCUUAUUCUGAAAGAUAUAAGUAGCAUGGCGCAUAUUUCUAACCUUGCAUCACAUGCUUCAAAAAUUACAGUAUUUGUGUAUAAUCAUUCAUACUUUACUGGUCACAAAUUAAGAAGUGCUAAUGGUAGAGCUGUGAGUGCUAUUAUUUUGGAUAGUAAAUUUUGGGAUGAUUGCUUUACUGCAUGUAAACUUGUUAGCCCUUUGAUUAAAUUGUUGAGGAUUGUUGAUGCUAAUGAUAAACCAUCUUUGGGAUAUGUAUAUGAAGAAAUGCUAAGGAUAGAAGAUGCAAUUAAAGAGAUGUUUAAGUAA